AUGACCUUCAAGCGUCGACGCCCGAUUGCAUCCUCGAGCUUGUCCCUGAAGAUUUUUCCACGCGCCAGCGCCCAAUUUCAACGACAAUCACAGAACCAUUCUGCCUCCUGUCCCAGUGCCUCGGAUGCUCAUUUUCUGCCCAUCCUUUCCCAUCCUUACGCGCGUUGUGAUUUCCUCGCCGAUCUCAUCCAUGCCACGAACAGAUCUGCCAAGGCGAAAUUUCGCGGACCUGGUUCCGGGCUCAUAUUCGCAUCCUCGCAUCCUGUUUUCCUAUAUCCGAGGUGCAUGGCAUGCGACUUCGAUGCUGCAUCCUUCCGUGUGGAGGCGUUCGUCGCUAUCUUCACGACAGGUCGUUUCUCCCUCGAGGCCGCGAAUGCUCGUCGAAUUUCGAAUCGGAAUUUCGAAUCGAAAAAGGCGUUACACAGCUAA